AUGAUCCUCAUCCAAGCAUUUGCCCUCCUCGCCACCAUCGCUCCUGCCCUCGGCCUGCAAAUGUGGGACCGGUGCAACAACAACUUCGGCGUGUGUGACACAACUUCGCACUGCAAGUACUACAAGGGCUCCCCGUCCAAGGGCUACUGCCCCGGUCUCCCAGACAAUGUGCAGUGCUGCUGGGCGCCGUCGUGCUUUGACCCGCGCGCGUGCCCCGUCAAGCCAGUCACUGGCCGCUGCCCAGGCGGCAGCGACAACCUCUACUGUCCCGGCUACGGGGCGAUCUGUAUGGAUCCGAAGGAGUGCACCGGCGUCCUGGGCGGGACGGUGCUCGACGGCUUCUGCCCCGGCGGACAGAACAACAAGCUGUGCAGGUUCAAGUAG